ACAUACCGGCGUGCCAACAGUGCCACCACAACUCUCACGACAGCAGGAAGGACACCAGGGCAGACAGCAGUUAAAACCGACAUGAAUCCAUCUCGAAAUAUGUAUCCAAACGCAAAAGUAAACCAGAUGAGAAAUAAUAAUGACAGUGAAGUGAAUCAGUAUGACAAUGAGCAGCGGAACACACCUACUACAUCAAAUGUUGAGGUUCGAGACCAACCAAAAUAUGCUGAUGGAUACACACUGAUUCCACCAAAUAAAUCAAAACACAGCGAACUGCAGAGGAUUGUCCAGAAAGAUGAGGAAGUUUUAAGGCGAUGGAAGGAAGAGAACCGUCCUGGCCCUAUUCAGCUGGAUCCAAUGAGGCUCGGUGGUGCUGUUUCAUUAGCAGAAGUUAGACAGAAACAGCAACAGGAAGCCCGCUUUGCCAAAACCAAAAAAAAGCUUCAGAAAGAGGAUACGGAUAGAAAAAAGAGAGAGAGAGAGGAAGAGGAGAUGAAGAGGAUGAAGGCCGAACAACGAGAAAAGGCCAUUAAACUAGAGGCAAGAAGAAAAGAAGAAGAGCAAUCGAGACAGGAUCUGUACCAACAAGAUCAUCGAAUGAAAAACAUGGACUAUCUUAAAAGAAUGAAGUCGGACAGCAGUACUGUUUCUAUGGCAGCAAGCAAUUCCAUCCCUGCAACAUCAUGGGCUAAAUGUCACGAGUACAGGGAAUCCAAAAGACAGGAAGACAACGCAGCCCUGCUCGAGAAGAAAGCAGAGCAGCGAAGAAAGACUGAACUUUUGGAGGAAAAACAAAAACGGGAAGAAGAGGAAAGGAAGAGGCAGAUUGAAAGUGACCGUCAGAGGGUGAACUUGGCCUUCCUAAAUAGAUUGGAGGCAGUUAGUUUAGGUAGAGUGUCUGAACCCGUGGCAAACCCCCCUGUGACCAGUAACGUCUAUCAAGAUGAUGAUGAUGAAGACGAGGGUCCAACUUCAUCCGCUGGACUCAACCCAUCACAAGCCCAUAGAGACAGUGGCGCGCAGGAAGAUUGUGAUCAUAUGUGGGCCGUGAUGAAACUUCAGCAUAACUUCCCAUACUAUGAGCGUGAUAUGCUGGAAGACAUCGUCAGACAGUGUAAUGGCAACUACCAGCAAGCAUAUGAACUACUUAAUGUGUAAACGAACACAUUGUUAUUGUGAUCUUCUGGCUUGGGCUUUACAGUUCAUCCAAAAUGAACAAAUCUGUCCUCAUUCAUUCAACUUUAUGUUGUUCCAGAGACGAUUUUCUCGAAUGGUCCUCGCACAUUGGGAUCCAUUUUAAUGCCUCAUGUUUCCCGAUAGUUUCAUUUCCCAUUCACUUUAAUUGGAAGUUAAUAGAAAGAGCAGCCAGGAUUUACAAAAAAAACCCUUAAUGUUUGUAUUUCAAAGACAUGAAGAUGAGGAAUGAAUGAUAGAAGUUUCACUAUAGUCCCACUUUAUAUUAGGUGUUAUUACCUACUGUGUAUGUACAUACAAAAAAUUAUUUAAUAGGGGAGAACCGGAGUGAAAGUAACGCGGGAUGAAAGUGAUUUUCUCAGAGUCCUGACUACAUUUGCAUGCCAAACUAUGACAGCGUCUUUAGCACGCAACCCUUGACAGAGCUAAAAAAUAUUGCGUUAUUUCGUCGCCGUUUUGCACGUGUAGAUCCAGAAUGCUGUUUUCGACCGUGAUAAGUAAAUUCUUAAAGCGGCCAUUUUUUUCUUAUAAUACGUUGUGUUUCUCUUUCAUGUGUUACAGUACUGAUCAAUCUACAGGUUAUUUAAAGCUCUAACCCAUCCUGAAGUUUGCCUUUAGUUUGGGUUUAAAUGUUAGUAGUUCCUGGGAUGAAAGUAACACUUGUUACACAUAAUAUGUUGCAUUAUGUUGAAAAUGUAUAUUAUUCUAAUUUGAUUUAAUUUAAUUUUAAAGUGUUCAAACCGUUAAAAAAAAUUCAACAAGUACUGUCAGGUUGCUUUUGAAACAUUUGAUAAAACUGACAUUUAAAAUGAAAAUGUAAUUUCAUGGGGUCUCAUUCAUGAAACACGAACAGAACGAAUUUUUGUGUAAAUCGUUCGUAAAAUCCUUUUGGCGUAAAUUUUCGGAUUCAUGAAAAUGUUCGUAUUUUCCAAAUGUUAGUUGGUAAGAAAGAAAUCUACACCUGCUCCCAACCACGCGUAAAUUGUGUGUUUAACAUCCGAACGUUUUGCUCAUCAAUAAGGCUGUAUUUUAAUUCAUCUUAAUCGUGUACAUAUUACACAGCAUUUUGAAAAAAUAUUAUGUACAGUAAUUAUAUACGUUUUUUCUUUUAACUUUUAUGAUAAGCUCCAGUAAUAGCAUCUGCAAACGGAACACUUUAAUCAAAUAAAUUAUUGAUUUCAAUGGGGCUGGGCAAACGAAAUUGUUUCCUAUAAAAUGGCCAAAAUCAGGCAUAACACAUUUACGAUGGCUAGAUUUGGCAGAGCGCUGCGCAAAAGGCGUAUUUUUAAAGACCGUGCAGACUUAUUUGCCGAGAAUGAAGACUGGUUAAUUAGUCGUUUCAGGCUACCCAGACAGAAGUUAAAUCUGCUCAAAUGUAAGCUGCUUGUGUAUUUCCUCUAAAAAAUUAUAUUUUUAUUUUUUAAUAAGAUUUUUUCGAAGUUAACUAAUUCGUUUUUUGCAGUCAAGCUUCAUGUCGAACCAUUUUCUUUUCACUUGUGGGACUGUUCGAUUAACAGAUGAAACUCCAUUUACAGCAUCUGUAAUGUGCUGCCAAGCUUCCUUUUGUUAAGACCUGAGACACCACUAUGUAUGCUUGAAAAUAAAAUGUGGCGUUUUGAAUUAACUUCUGAGAAUCAAACUUCAAUAUCUGAUAAAAGUUUAUUUUUCAUUCGCUUUUAAGAAGACAUGUUGAAAUCCUUCGUUUGGUGUCAUAAUUUGAUGCCCAUAUAUAGUUGUCAGUCGGUUAUAUAAUGGACGGGAUUUAUGGUAAUUGAGAAUAAGCAUGCACACGCGUCCCAUGUACGACUGAUCGGAAUUCAUGAACAAAUACACACAUUUCACUAUCAAAUCUGACGUUUACGAAAUAUUUGUGAAUCAGGAGGAGAGUUUUCGGGAAUUUAUGUUUACGUGCAAAUCACUCACAUAUUUACUCAUAUAUUUACGAAUGUUUCAUGAAUGAGACCCAUUAUUUUUUGCGAAGAUAAAAACAAAAUAUGUUUGCAGUUACAUAUUAACAAGGUCAUAGUCAUGUAUAUUUGUGUAACACAAAAAUCUAUAUUGUUCUGCUGUGUUACUUUGACCCACCUAUGUGUUACUUUCAUCCCAACAAUCACAAAAAAAACCUCAACGUUUUUCUGGAAGGACUGUUUAACAGCAACAUUACACACUAACUAAAGUUUAAAAAAUGGGAUCAGAAAAAAACAUGACCUUUAAAAAAAAUCCUGAAAAAUUGUACUUUCGCCCCUGCUCUCCCCUAUAUAAUUUACCUAUUGUGUACUUAUAUAUUGUUCUGGUGUUAGGGACAUUGCAGGGGUUGACAUUAAGCAUCAUUAGGCGGUUGUCCUUUGGACAAGUAAAAUUGUCGUUCAAAUUUAUCCGAAUAAAAAAGUUAGUUGUUUGGAGAUAAUAAAUGUGAAUUAAGUAUAAUUGUUUAUUGUAGUUAGCAGUGGCAGCCGGUGAUUUCUUUUUCGAGGGCACAUGAUGUGAAGCUUGUCAAAACAUGUAUGUAGCCCGUCAUGUGUGUGGCUCGUCACGACAAAAUAUGUGUUCGGCGCUUCAUGUCAAAAUACAUGCCUGCUGCAGACGCUUCAAAGGCUUUUAUAAUAAAAGAGACGCUCACGUUUGCCAUGGCGAAACCACACACGACACUCUGAACACAUUUUGAAUUCGCGCCCCUCGGAAAAGAAGUCACCGGCCUCCACUUGUAGUUAAACAAAAUAACAUUUAGUCUCGAUAAAGAGUAAAUAUGUUUGUAUGCAAGUUUUUGUGUGUCAUAUUUAAUUCAGCACUUUUGUAUGUGGGUGUCGUGGGGUCGUUAUAACCAUGGGUUUGAAUUUAGCGUUAUUGAGACGUACUCCCAGCAGAAAUGAAUGUCACAGUAAAUGUUUUAAAUGGAUUUUCUAAAUCAUUCUAAUUAAUUGCUUUUAAAAUAAUAUAUUUUAAUUUUAUUUAUUUAAUUUCAAUGUAUUUAAUUUUAUUGAAUUAAUUUAUUUUUCAAUAGAUAUUUUCAAGUUACUUGUCCGGUUGGUCAAGAAAAUCUCUUACUUGCCCAUCUAAAACAUUCAGUUGUCCCCGAAAACAUACAAGCAUUAAUGUCGAGCCCUGCAUUGUAUACAUUUUUUAGUAAUAUAAAGUAGGACAGUUUCAUUUUUGGUAGAACGAAUCCUUACUUAAAGGGACAAUUAGGAUUUAGCCCCAUCUAGUGGUGAAAUUGUAUUUUGCAUUCAAACGAACAGUGCUCUCUAGCGCCUCGCUUUUCCUAAUGCGUGUUGCAACUACGGUAGCUGUUAUGUAAUCACUGACCUUCUUGUCUGUUUCAGCUGGUUCACGUAUUUUGAAUGAAAACGUGUUGUGGAAAUGCGUUGGUAGGCUAGUGCUUUUUGUCCCUCUCUGCUAUUAUAUUUUAUCAAUACGGCGAAACGACAUGGAAGCUUCCUUGGACUUACCCGUUCAAUGUAAGCUUACAAAGAAAAGUCAGAUCACUGGCAGAGGUCAUUUAACACCAACUAGGACAUAUUUACGAGAAAAGACAUUAAUUUUGAUUAAUAAAACACUACUUACUGUCCCUUUAAAACAAUAGCGAGAUUGAAGAUUGUAGCGUCUUUUGAACUGACAGAAAAACUAUUUAUCUUGUUUAGUUUGCUCAGUUAUUUUUAUUCUGACACAAAAUGGAUUGACACUUAGCCACAGAGGGAGAAAUCAAACUUAUAAAUCAAAACCCGAGUCUGCUGUGGGAACGUUUAUGGAUCCCAUGUGUACAGUUUGCAGGGUAAAUGAUGUGCAUUCACGAAAUUCAAAGGCUAAUUUAUAAUGAGGUAAAUGACUGGCAAAGUUCUGUGUCUAUCCACCAUAUGGGAGGGACAGUGAAAAACCAAACUAGGUUUCUGCUUAAGGUCUGCAUGAAGUUUCUGUUAAAGUAAUGCUUUCUGUAAGUGUGAAUGAGAGUUUUCUUCUCACUAGGCAAAAUAAUACAGAUUCCAAUGCAGAUCUCCCGUUUUAUUGGUUAAAGCUUGUGUUUUUGUUGAACCAAGAUCACUUAUGCUUCUGCGCAGGAAAAGAUUCUUAUGUAAAUGUGUUCACUGCAUUAAACAUAUCGUUUCCUGUGACAACUUCCCUGUCUUUUGAUGAGUUUUUUUGUGUGUGUGUGUUUUCCUGUCUGCGUGGUGAAGAGAUAGUUGUGGAAAGAGCGGUUCCCAAGGUAACCCAAACUCAAAGGAAAUCGUGUUGUUUCUGACACACAAUACGGAGAACUGCUUCCGAGAGAUGUUGUUUUGGGUAGGGAUCGCACCAUACUGUAACAUCGUAUAGAGGAACCCUGAUGACCCACAUAUCCGAAGUGUUGGUAGGCCCGCAAGACCCCGAUUACCUCAGCAGCAGCCAGGGGGAUUUCCUGUGGGUGGUUCCCCGUCUGAAUUAGGUCACGGCAUUACCCAUAUCGCUGAAGAAUUCUGGGGAAAAUAAUAAAAUCUACAGACAGCAAUAAACCACAGCAUACACCCAGCAGAUCUGGGCUCCAUUAUCCAUUGGUGUCGAAAAAGACAAAUAUAUUGAUUCUCUAUGAAAUUACCCUUUUUGUUUUGCCGUUUGACCGGUUUCCAAAGAUUGCGAGGAAUAAAGGCUUUACUUCAAGAAUCGCAUGAGUUACCCUUUAGCGCUUUUAUUAUUCCAAGGUCCUGUUUGAGUCAUGCAAUGCAGAAGAAAAACACGGGAAGACUACGCUAUUACAUCUGCGCAAGAUACACUUUAUCAUCAGGGACGUGUUCGACUUGACGUGCAGGGAAUAACGCUUGCUUGACUGAAACAUUAUCCACCUUGUCUGUUGAAAGGAAAGGAUACUUCAGGACAGAAAAGGACCUUAAAGUGAACUAGGAAAACAUGCCACUCGCAGGGCUGUAACAUGUAAAGAUCUCCUCAGUCAACCACAACUGAGUCACUGCGCUUCCUGGGGAAAAUCGGUUCUAUUGAGGCGCGCCUCGCCUUUGGCUGACAGAGCCAACAAUCCUCAUUCACUCACCUCAGACACAAACAAAUAAAUAAACUAGAUACACGACAAACAUUUUUAUAAAUACUACAGUACAUAUUUGGUCCAACUAUACUACGAUUAAGUGUUGGAAUUGAUGCCAAAGGGUGAUUCAUUUGAUCCGUGUAUUGGGAAAUAACUCUACUAGAAAGCACUGUGUAUUUGGCAAUAAAUACAAAAGCCAGCUGUUCUGCUAUAAGCGUGUAUGUGUAAUUGUCUGUUAAAGGAUGCAAGUGAAGAGUUCAGAUGCAAAGUCUGACAUGUUUACUUGUAAAUGAGCGUUUAUAUCAGGCUCAUGUUUAGGUUUGGUAAUUUCUCCUUAAUGGCAUUGAAAAGGUUAUUAGUCAGUAAUUGAAAUAUUUUGACAAAUGUCAAUUUAGUUAUUUCAUUCACUAAAAAUAAAGAAUUGUUGGAUUUAUGUUAUUCAAUUAUGCUUCCACAUGAUUGAAAUAGGUUUUCUUAACCCUUAUGGGUUGUUGUAUGGUCUUGCUGCUAUGACCAGCAUGGGAUGCUGGUGCUAGUGCUGGUUUAGCUGGUGCUGAUGCUGGUUUGGUGCUGGUUUAACUGGUGUUCACUAGCAAACCAGCACCAAAAGACAACAUAUGCUGGUCUUGCUGGUAUGCUGGUUUUUCCAGCAGGGAAUGGAAUGAUUUUUGAUGACAAAUCUUAUAUUGACACAUAUUUUAAGAAAAUGCUUUGAAAUUUUUCAAAGAUUUUAACAAUAUACCAUGGGCAAAUUGACUACCCUUUCGGGUUGUUCGUGGCCAAAUGAAGCCAC